CUGCCCACUUUUUCCGCAUUUUUCAAAUAUCGCCAGUGGGUGGAGUCAGGGUGACCAAGGAUUAGUUACCCUUUAAAUGCUGGUGAAUAUUCCCAUCUUCCCCCACAGAAGAAGAAGAAGCAAACAGAGGAACGACUGACAUAAUAAAGAUGGAGUUUGAGGAGGAACCCUGCAGAACGAGAGAUGAAGAAACAGAGGAACAAACAGACCUGACGGAAGUGAAUGAAGACAAACAGCAUCGGUUUCAAAAACCCCCUCAUUUCACAAAUGAAGAUGGAAACGCAGUCGUUUCACAGACGGAAAAGAAUUUCACACAGAAACAAGCUGUAAAAACCGGAUCUUUCCCCUGCUCCGAGUGUGGAAAGAGUUACACAACUGAAAAAAACCUUAAAGUGCACAUGAAAAAUCACAUGAGAGAAAAACCCUUCACAUGCACUCAGUGUGGAGAGGGUUUCCUCCAUAAAUCAAAACUCAAAAGACACAUGAUGAUUCACACAAGAGAAAGACCGUUCUCAUGCACUCAGUGUGGAAACAGUUUUGCUGACAAACGUGACCUAAAUGAUCACAUGAGAAUUCACACUGGAGAAAGACCGUUCUCGUGCACUCAGUGUGGAAAGAGUUUCAGGUGUAAAUCUAUCUUGGCCGGUCACAUGCGCACUCACUCCGGUGUGAAGUCCUUCAGCUGUGAUCAGUGCCAGAAGACAUUUGUUCAACCAUCAAGCUUAAUAAAGCACCGUAAAAUCCAUGCAGCUGUCAAGCCUCACUUUUGUUCUUCAUGUGGAAGGAGUUUUACACAUCUGCAGAAUUUACGAGUGCACCAGCGUAUUCACACUAGUGAGAGAGUUUACAUGUGCUUUGAGUGUGGGAAGACCUUCAUUACAUCGAACAACUUAAAACUACACGAGAGAGUUCACACCGGAGAGAGACCCUACAAGUGCUCACACUGUGACAAGAGUUACACUCAGUCGGGAAACCUGAAAGAUCACGAGAGAGUUCACACCGGAGAGAAGCCGCACCAGUGCUCUGCGUGUGGGAACAGUUUCGGCAAAUCAAGUAAUCUAAUAAGACAUAGGAAACGGCAUUGCCACAAGUUAUCUAAGUGAGCAAAGUUUCACAUUCAGAUCCAUGACUUCGGGAGCAACAUGGUGUCGGAUGUGGGCCGGAUGUGGGCCGAGUCUAUGUGACUGUCUGGGAAAUAAUUCGAUAUUCAGAUUAAGCAGAUUAAGCGAUGUAAACUUGCAGCCAGGCAGGAUAUUUCAGGUGUGUUAAUGAUUUGUUAACUUGGAAGAACUCAUUUUAAACAUAUAUAUUUUAGUUAUACAUUUCUGAAAUGCAUAACUUAGACAGCUUCCUCUAACAGAUCA